CCGACGUUCACAAUGGCAGCUACGUCGCCUUAUGAAGCAUUUCGUCAAAAUCACGGCAGCGCUGUUCAUCCCGAGUUUCCUAACCCAUCCACGCUAUAUCCUACAAUAAGUGAUACUGAUGGAUCAACCCUUUAUGAACAGCAAUUCUACCGCCUUCGCACUGCCGUCAUCGAACGUAAUGAUACAGUGGCCCUAGAAAAAUAUUUGGAAAGCGCACCUUGGGCUGUCAAGAGAGGUCAUGCCUUGGGGAUGUAUUAUGACCCGUUUAUUGUGGCAGCUAGACAUGGAAGUCUCGAUGCGCUCAAAAUGCUCUUGGACCACUACUCCACCCUCAUCAAGCCCACUGGGAAAACUGACCUUGAUGGUCGCUGUUGUCGAGUGUUGAACACGGCAGCUCAUUGUGGCCGUCUUGAGGUAGUGAAGCUUCUACUCGAUGACCCUCUUCUUCAGGCUGAUAUCCACUUUAACUGUCAAGGAUUCACUCCGAUUAUGAUAGCUGCCGACGCUUCGUAUUGGAAAGAUCAUCUUGAGGAAAAAGAGGCAGUCAUCAACUUCUUGCUUGAUCGAGGUGCCCGCGCUUCCGAUGCAGAAUACAUAUGGGACUACUCUCUUGACCCCAUUACUGGCGAGUCUAAAAAGAAGCAGGUGCCAAUCUUUAUGGCUUUGAACUCGGCCGCAGAGUGGGCAGGGGCGGAUUUGAUCCGGCGGCUCAUUGAGAGUGGCGCUGAUCCCCACGUCAAGCUGAUAGAGGAUACAGAGUUCGCAGUUCGCACGGAUAUAACAAUUAUCUCCACCGCAAGUCGAUGUGCGAAUGUUGAUGCUCUCAAAAUCCUGCUUGAUUGCGCAAGCAAAGCAGGUGAUGUGGCAGACGCAGUAUCUUAUCGCGAUAGUUGGGGAAGCAUGCCCCUUCACUGGGCUUGUCAAGUCUCAAUUGAAGAAAAUCCCCGUGAGGUGUCUGCAAUAGUUAUGGAGGAGAAAGUGCAACGAAUCAUCACAAUUCUUGACCUGCUGCUGGACUGCAACCCAGAAACAAUCAACGCACAAGACAAUGCUGGGAAUACACCAUUACACUAUGCAGCCAAGAACUACAGCAAUUAUGGACAAGAGUAUACGGCCAUCUUUCAGUACCUUUGUGACAGAGGUGCUGAUUCCAGCCUUGUUAACAACAAGAGCGAAACCGCAUUACAUUGCUUAUGUUGCUAUGAUGGGGGACUACCGAUCGAUACAGCCGCCAUCGGAAUUUUACUCGACCAUGGAGCAAAGGUUACAGAUACAGACGAUAACGGAAAUACGACACUGUACUUGGCAGUCAAGAACCUAGAGAAUCUUGAUGCCAUCGCGUUUCUGCUUGAUCAUGGCGCAGGGGUAGUUGCAAAGAACCUGAAAGGAAACACACCUCUCCAUGAAGCAGCAACUGGGGUGUUUUGGCCUGGAAUAGUAGAAGGAAGGCUUAACGCCAUGGUUGAUAUACUUCGAAGGCUCCAAGGGGAUGGGGGACAUUUGAUGGAUGAAUUGAAUGCGGAGGGCAAGUCUCCUCGGCAGAUUCAGGAUGAAGUAAGGAAGGACUUCAGAGAGAAAAUGUAUGAUAUUGAAAGCGAAAGGAACUUCGUAGAAGAGCUUCCAAAAGAUACGGAAUCUGGUAUUUGGCCAGAGACGGUUAUCGCAUUCUCGCUGGACGGGUCAGUCCUAGCGACAGCAUCGUUAUACAAUUCGGUUUGGCUCUGGAACACGUCGACAGGCGCUCAAUUAAGAAAGAUCAUAUGCGAGGAAGGGCUAGUCAGAGGUAUUAGCGUCUUACCCGAUGAGCUUGUCGUUUCAAUCUCGAAUCCCCCUCGCUUCCUCAACGUUUGGAACGACACGAAACUUCGAAUCCGCCGAUACCGGACCACCAGUACCGCUGGAGAAUUUUCACCAGGGCGCGUGACAUGUGACAUUGGACUCAGCUAUGAUGAAAACUCAGUUCAACAAGGUUCUGUUGGAGAUCUUGAAAAGCAAUAG